CCGCCAACACCACCACCACCUUCAUCAUCGACACUUCCCCAAUCCCGAUCUGGCCGGCGCCGUCGUCCGAGUGCUACGCUAAUCGUCGUGCUGUUCUCGUCAUCAUCUUCGUUAUAAUAACAAUGAGCAUGCCUUGCACGUUCCCCUCGUCGUCGUGGUCGUCGCCGUCUCCUUCUCUGCCGUGUGGGUGUUUUAACAACAACAACGACGACAACAACAACCGAGGGUGUAGUUGACUAGGCCCUUUCCCCCUUCUUAAGCAGUGACAAGAACACUUCAUAUCCGCCCGGAACAGUGAAGAAACCAAACACAAGAACCCUCACAGAAAAGAUGAUCAAAUCGAUCGCGCUCUACGCGCUUCUGCCUUUCCUCGCGGCCGCCGCUCCCGCAGCAGGGACACCUCCCGCCAACCCGACCGUCACCAUCGCCUCCGGGGUCAUCGUCGGCACGGCGACUCAAGUCUCCAACCAACCGACGGUGACCGGCUACGCCAACGCCUACCUCGGCGUCCCCUACGCGAGUCCUCCUCUGCGCUUCGCUCCUCCGACCGCUCCCCAGCCAUAUCAGACCCUCACAGCUCAGACCCUCCCACCGUCCUGCCUGCAGGAAUUCUUCUCCGGCGAGGCGGGCGAGCGGGUGCGCGCGUACUUCAACAACCCGGGCCUACCCGCGCCCGCCGAGUCCGAGGACUGCUUGUAUCUCAACGUCUUUGCGCCGCAGAGCGCCAGCCCGACGAACCUCAAGUCGGUGCUGUUCUGGAUCUACGGCGGGAACCUCGCGUUCGGCACGGCUUCGUUGGCGUAUUACAACGGCAGCAGUCUGGCGGUGAACGAGGAUGUCGUGGUCGUCGCCAUCAACUACCGCACGAACAUCUUUGGGUUUUCGAACUCCCCUGAGAUCCCGGUGGAUUCGCAGAACUCGGGAUUCCUCGACCAGAGAUUUGCUCUGCAAUGGGUCCGAGAUAACAUCCAAGCCUUCGGCGGUGACCCUACCAAGGUGACCAUCUUCGGUGAAUCGGCGGGAGGUUUCUCCGUCAAGCAAUUGCUCGCUCAGCCACCGUCUCCUCUUCCGUUCCGUGCGGCAAUCAUGGAAAGCCAGAACGCCUUGAUCCUCGGCAGCCCCUCGGCCAACUACGCCAACGUCGUCGCGCACUUCAACUGCACCAGCGCCGCCUCCCAGCUGAGCUGCCUGCGCGGCGUGUCCGGCCCCGCCAUCCAAGACUACAUCACCGAGCAAGGCCUCUUCUUCGGGCCCGUGAAGGACAAGACCAACGUGGACGCCAACACCCUGCCCGCCAUCGCCUCGGGCCAAUUCGCCCGCGUGCCCGUGCUGAUCGGCAGCAACAAGGACGAAUUCCGCGUCUUCUCCGCCCUGUUCGGCCUGAACCCGGCCGCGUAUCCGAACCUCGCCUCCCUCGUCUUCGACGUGCUGGGGCUGAACAUCUCCCUGAUCGAGGCGCCCCUGGCGGCCCUCUACGGCGGCACGACCAACCUGACCUCCGACAGCGUCAACGCCCUCCUCACCGACCUCGCCUUCACCUGCCCGACCCAGACCCUCUCCACGGCGAUCGCCUCCAAGCAAUCCGUCAACAGGUACUACUACUCGGCCUCCUUCCCGAACCUGCAGCUGUUCCCGAACGCGGGGAGCUACCACAGCUCGGAGAUCCCCUCGGUGUUCGGGACAUACCCGCUCGUCAACGAACUGGGCGCCGCCACGCCGACGCAGAUCGCGCUGAGCGCCUACAUGCAGGGCGUGUGGGCGGGCUUCGCCAAGGAUCCGGGCGCGGGCGCCCCAUGGCCGAAACUGGGCAGUACGUUGUUGGACGUGCGCGGACUGGGCGUCCUCGGCGGCAGGAAUGUCCCCGCGGGCCUGGAGGUCAGGAGCACGGCGAGCGUGGACGCCGCAUGUCUGUUGAUCAACCCGGUGAACAUCGCUGCCCAGCGGGCGUUCUAGAGGUUGAAAGAAAAGGGGUGGAGGGUUGGGAGCGAGGGAUCAUGAGGCAUCUCUUGGGGGGAGAAUCACUUUUUUUCUUUUCUUCGAGAAAGGCGGUGGAAAAUUGGCUGGGUAGAACAAAGAAAAACGCUCGAGAUUUCUUCUUCUUCUUCUUCUUCUUCUUCGCCUCCGCCUCCUUGCGUGACACACACAAACAUAUUACCAUGAUCUUCUCCAGAGCCGUGCCGAGAAGAUGGAAAGUGGCGAAAGGAAAAAGCCAUUUAAAAGGCACACCGUGAAAUGUGCGGGGGUUUUUUUUCCAUUGCAUUUUCUACUGUUUUUGUGUUUUUAUAAUAAAAGAUUUCCGAAAAAUCAAUGACUUUUC